AUGACACAUUUGACUUAAUUAAAUUUUGACAAAGUGAAAUUAAAUUGAUUCUAUUUCAGUCGACUGAUAAGAUUAACCAGCUUGACUGGUAGAACAAGUAGAAAAAUUCUAUUAUACAGUGACUGAUUAGAUAAGAUAAAAACAUUCAAGGACAACCAUAUUGUGACUCUCGUAGACUCUUUAAUGUCUCUCUUUUCAUAAUAAAGAAUACAGAAGAUUAAUAAAGUAAUUAUGGAUUUCGUGUUGGGAGGUUUUUCUGCUGCUUGUGCCGGAUUCUUCAGCAAUCCCUUUGAUGUCAUAAAAACGAGACAACAACUACAGGGUGAGAUGGUAUCAAUUCAGCAUGGCAUAAAGGAUCUACAAUUGAAAGCUGAAAAGCAAAAGCAGCCAUAUAAAAAUAUUUUUCAAUCAAUCAAAUCUAUUGUUAAAUCGGAAGGAAUACGUGGAUUACAAAAAGGAUUGCCAUCAGCACUAGCAUUCCAAUUUUGUAUGAAUAGUGUACGGUUAGGAACUUAUCAGACAAUUGAUAACUAUGGAUAUAACAGAAACACAAAUGGUGAAUUGAAUCCGGGAUUGUGCAUAUUGUGGGGUGGUAUAAGUGGGAUAUUUGGCUCAACUGUUGGAUGUCCACUCUACAUGAUUAAAACGCAGAUGCAAGCACAGAGUUAUGGCAAAUAUGCUGUCGGUUUUCAGCAUGGUCAUAAAUCUACUCUCGAUGCAUUCAAAAGGAUAUUAGCUGAAAGCGGUGUACGAGGAUUAUGGCGUGGAUGGACAGGAAUCCUUGCAAGAACAUCUGUUGGCUCGUCCGUUCAAUUAUCGACAUUUUCAAAAACCAAAGAUUUCCUCAUAGGUUAUGAAGUAUUUGCUGAAUCAAUAGUAUUAACAGCUUUCACAUCUUCAAUAUUAUCCGGCUUCUAUACAUCACUAGCAAUGAAUCCAUUCGACACAAUUGCAACACGAAUGUUCAAUCAAGGAGUGAAUGCAGAAGGAAAAGGACUCUUGUACAAAAAUUUAUUGGACUGUUUUGUGAAGACCAUUCGUGUUGAGGGAUUGCUUGCCUUAUACAAAGGGUUUGCAGCAAAUUACAUGCGCAUAGCUCCACAUACCAUUCUGAAUCUCACAUUUUGGGAUUUAUUUAAAAAUUGGAAGGAUCUGUAUUAUGACUCUGUGGUAUAUUUAGAAUGAUAUGUGGAAAUUUUUAUGUUUAUGUUUAUACUUCUUUAAAAUUUGCAUACAUAGUAUCCACAUCCACAUAUUCUUAUGUAUAUGUUUGUCUAUUUAUAAAACCAUAAUUGUUAUACGUUAUUGUUUGGGAACAUCCAACUCAUCCGCAUGAGACUUCUUUAUAAUUAUCUUUAACGAUGAGUUUACAACUAAUUAAUUACGAAAGUAACAAGUAAUAAUUACCCAGCCUGAGCACAUAAAUAUUUUUUUAUUAUAAAAACACAAUUUGAGUCUCCUAGGCAGUGUUGUUGACCUGGAUGUUAAGAUAGAAUAUGAAGAUCACGUUUUAUUCAAGACAUAGAACUGUGGCUGAUUUCUUAGAGUCUUAGAUUAGAUUUCUUAGAGUCAAAGUAUAGCACUUAGUGUUACAUUUUGAUGCAGCUAUAAAUUUGAUACUACCGAUCAUCUUAAAAUAGCUUAACCUAGAAAUUCAGACAAAUAAGUUCUAUCUAUAGACCCAUUUUCAAACUAAGCUAGCUUUCCUCUUUCCCAAUUAGGUGUCUGGGAGUCUAAACAACCAGAACUAUAAAGGAAUUGGCCUUAAUAUUUAUUAAAUAUUGUUCUUGAUAUAGAUCAGACUCAAAUUUGAUCUGGAUUAGCCAAACAGCUAGAAAGCAACACUGUAUCCUCACUCAAAAUUCUCUUCUUGUUUUAUUUUUAAAAUGAACAGAUAAAUGCUGUCUUUAAAGUCGUAGAUGUCGUUCGUCUGGCAUUUGAAU